AUGGACAGUGAUAAGAAACAAAGAGAACAUCAUGCUCCUCGAGCAGGAAGCAAGGCGAGCAAGAAGAAGGCCGUGAGGAACAAAAAGCUUGGAAUUAAGGAGCAACCAAAAAGCACUCAUCCAGGCGCAUUCUCCGUGAACUCUGCGAUCAGCACGAAGAGAGCAAUCCAGCGAAAUCUCGAUAGAGGCUUCAAAAAGGUGCAUGCUCCUUUACCAAACCGUUCUGCGGGGACGAACCCUCCUAUGGUAGUUGUAGUCAUGGGUCCUCCUAAAGUUGGUAAAACAACGCUAAUUAAAUCACUGAUAAAGAAAUAUACAAAGCAGACUCUUACCGAUGUGCGUGGCCCUAUCACUGUAGUUAGUGGAAAGAAUCGCCGUUUGACUUUCAUUGAGUGUCCGAAUGACAUAUCAUCCAUGAUUGAUCUUGGCAAGAUCGCUGAUUUGGUUUUGCUGCUGGUGGAUGGUAGUUUUGGAUUCGAAAUGGAGACCUUUGAGUUUCUGAAUGUUCUCCAAACGCAUGGUUUUCCGCGUGUUUUGGGAAUCGUGACGCACUUGGAUGCCUUCAAGGAAAGCAAACUCCUCCGUCACACCAAGAAGGCACUGAAGCAGAGAUUCUGGACCGAGAUUUACCAAGGAGCGAAGGUGUUCAAUAUUCCUGGUCUGAGUAACGGGAAAUAUCCCAAGGCGGAAGUUACCAACAUUUGUUUGUAUAUCAGCAGAAUGAAGACGCGCCCGCUGACAUGGAGAAACUCGCACCCUUUCGUUUUAGUGGAUCGUUUGGAAGAUAUCACCGACCCCAAGAAGAUCGAUGAAGAUCCGAAUUGCAAGCGAGAAGUGUCUUUAUACGGCUAUGUGCAGGGCUGCAACUUGAAGAAAAGCCAGUCCGUUCACUUGCUGGGCGUGGGCGAUUACCCAAUUUCAUCGCUGGAUCGACUCGCCGAUCCUUGUCCUCUUCCUGAGAAGAGUCAAGAGAAGAAGGGUCGCCGGAAGCUGAGCGAGAAGGAGGUUUUGCUGUAUGCGCCGAUGAGCAAUGUGGGGCGAAUCAUGUAUGAUAAGGACGCGAUGCGAUGGAUGAGAGCGAGGAAGAGGCGAUGUUUUAUGGUGGAGGAGGAGAAGGGAAGCGAAGAAGGAGAAAUGAGUCAGGAAGAAGAAGAAGAAGAAGAGAAGGAAGAUAAGGAAGAAGAAGUUGAUGAUGAUGAUGAUGAAGAAGAUGAUGAUGAUGAGGAGAGUAAUGAAAUGGAAGAAGAAGAGGAAGAUGAAAAGAAUAAUGUGAAAUCUGUAGAUUCGAAAAUGGAAACAGAGAGUGAAGAAGAAGAAGAAGAAGAAGAAGAAGAAGAAGAAGAAGAAGAAGAUGAUGAUGAUGAUGAUGAAGAUGAUGAUGAAGAUGAUGAUAAGGACGACAUUGAGGAAGAAGAGGGUAAUGAAGAAGAAGAAGAAGAAGACAAUAACGACAGUGAAGAAGAAGAAGAAGACGAUAACGACGAAGAAGAUGAGGACGAAUUAUCUCACAAAGUACCCACCGAUAUAACUCACGAAAGCGAUCUUCGCUGGAAGGAAAACCUCUUCUAUCGCGGCGAGGAAGAGCUAACGCGCCGCCGCGUGUUUUCGAACAACCUCAUGCAGCUCGUCUACGGCGAACGCGACGAAAACGGAAAUCUCAAAGACGAAGAAGUCGACGCCUCGUCUCCGUUCCCUCCAAAACAACGCGAAAACGAAGACGAAAACGAAGACGAAGAGAGCGACGACGACUUCUUCCAUCCUCGCAAAGAGAAAGACAGCACGCUGGACGAAGCCAAGAAGCAGCAGCGCAUGCUGGAAGAGCUGGAUUCCGAGAAGCUGGACAUUCUGCCCGCGAUUCGAAGAAAUUGGGACGAUGAGGCGUUCGUCGAGCAGUUCAAGAAUCAUUUCGUGACGGGAGUGUGGGGCGACCAGCUCACCGACGAAUCCGACGACGACGACAGUGAAGAAAACGAUCACGACGCGAUUAUUGAUUUAGAAAACGAAGAAGAAGAAGGAGAAGGAAGAGGACUACUUCGACCUCCUCAAGCGCAAACGCGCCGAGCAGGAGGAGAAAACGCGCCAGGAGUUCCAGGACGUCUCGCAGGCGGAGCGCGACCUGCUUCUCGGCCUGCCCACCGGAACCUACUGCCGCAUCGUCCUGCAGAACGUCUCUCCCGCCUUCGUCCGCCUCGCGCGGCCCGAAAUCCCCGUGAUUCUCGGCGGACUCCUCGAGAGCGAGGAGAUGCUCGGCAUGAUCCGGGUGCGAAUCAAGAAGCAUCGCUGGCAUCGGCGCAUCCUGAAGUCGAACGAUCCGCUGAUCCUUUCUUACGGCUGGCGGCGCUUCCAGACGAUGCCGGUGUACGCGAUGGAGGACAGCAACAAACGGCUGCGGAUGAUCAAGUACACGCCGGAAUACAUGCACUGCCAGGCCGUGUUUUACGGUCCCGCGGUUCCGCCGAACACCGGAUUGCUCACCGUGCAGAAGCUCGCGGCCAAUACGCCCGAGUUCCGCAUCGCGGCGACGGGUACGGUGCUGGAGCAGAGCGAGACGUUCCGCGUGGUGAAGAAGCUGAAGCUAGUCGGACAUCCGUUCAAGAUCUUCAAAAACACGGCGUUCAUCAAAGACAUGUUCAACUCGUCGAUCGAGGUCGCGCGGUUCGAGGGCGUGAAGAUCCAAACGGUCUCCGGAAUCCGCGGGCAGAUCAAACACAAGUGUCCCGGCCCCGAAGGAGCCUUCCGAGCCACGUUCGAGGACAAAAUCCUCAUGUCUGA